CACCUUUGAGGAUAGAGGUAGAGAGCAUAGGGAUCAAGGUUACAAAGAAAGCAGCAAUGAAAUAGGAUGGACUCCACCAGGUCAGAAGUACUAUGAUGGAGCCAGUUUUCAAGGAAGAGAUAGAGAGAUGGAUGACCAACGUUAUUAUGAUGAUAGCAUGCUUGGAAGAGGUAGUGGGAUGAGUGGUCAGGGUUAUGACGAUAGCAAUGUAAGGGGAAUGCGUCAAGGGAGCAUGGGCCAACCUACUAAUGGUAACACAGGAGGGAGAGGUCGAGGAGGAAGAGGUCGUGGACGUGGUGGUGACGCUGCCCUUGGAAGAGGAUCAGCAAAGAGGGGAAUGUUGCAUGGAGGUGGUGGAUAUGGACCUGCAGCCAAGAAACCAAAAUGGCAACAAGGGGAAACAGGCAGUCAUGAACAGACAUUUGGUGCAGAGCAAGGAUGGGGUGGCGGAGGUAGUGGAAGUAGAGACUCUGAUAACAGUGCGCGGGAAAGAGGUCGAGGUUCGAGAGGGAGAGGAUUCGAUGGGAACUCGUGGGGAAGAGGUCGUGGAACAGGGGGUCAAGGAUCAGUUAGUAGUACACAAGGAAGAGGAAGAGGAACAAUGGGUCGUGGACGUGGUGGUGAUAUUGCCCGUGGAAGAGGGUCGGCAAAGAGGGGAAUGCUACAAGGAGGUAGUGGAUAUGAACCUGCAGCCAAUAAACCAAAAUGGCAAAAAGAGCAACAGGGGAAAACGGGGAGUAGUGAACAGAGAUGGGGUGCAGAGCAAGGAUGGGGCCGAGAAAGGAUAUGGGGCCGGGGAAGAGGCAAGGACCAAGGUGUACGUGGAAGAGGUUCAAGAGGGCGACAAGGGGGACCUCCACAGAGAAACAACCCUGGUCGUUCAAAUCAAGAAGUUAAUGACGGCGCUGUAGAAUAUGGUUUUGAUGGGAAACCUGUUGGACCCGAAAGACUUGCUAGUACACUUGGAGAUUUCAAAUACUGCAAGGUCUGUGAUAUACAUAUCAACUCUAUGAAGUCUGCUAAGGCUCACUAUUCUGGCAAAAUUCACCUGAAAAGGCUCAAUAGUAUUCUGCAGAAAGAAGAAUUGAUGAAAACUCUUGACGUAACUACAGACAAUUGUGAGGUAUGCAAUGUCGUAUAUACUUCCCCUUUGCAAGUCAAAUCACAUCUUGACGGAAACAGGCAUAAGAAAAAUGUUGAAGAAGCUAAAGCUAAAGCUGAGGGAUGUCCAAUUCCAUCAGAAUCUACUGAUCAGAAGAAAGGAGAGGUUGACAAGGAGACUGUUGCUGAUGCCAGUAGAGAGAAGGCAUCAUCUGGACCAUCGGAUGAACGUUUGAUGCUGGAACGUAAUGAAAAGUUUGUUGAACCCAAGAUGAAGGCCAGUGGUGAGAUGCCUCGUCUGAGUCGCCCAGCUGAUUCCCAAUCUCAUGACCAAUCUCGUGUCACAGCAAAAACAUUCCCAGAAGGGGCUCAGCCCACGCCGAAUGUCAGAGAAGAACAAAAAAAUGUCCAGUCACAAAAGGGGGAAAGGUAUGCUACAGCUGCUGCAAGAGAGCCAGAGGAAAGGACGGCUACUUUUGCUGGAAGAGAGCCAGGAGAAAGACGCAAAAACCGCUUCUAUUGUGACCUUUGUGGCGUUAGCACGACAUCUCCUGAUCUCCUUGCAGAUCAUUUCCUUGGCAGAAAGCACAAGCACACAAUGUUACUUAUUAAGAAGAAAAAGAGUGCGCCCACUUCUGCUCAUGGAAGUGUGUUUUCAUGCAAGCUAUGCCGCAUUUCAACUCACGACGCUUAUAAUCUCAACCUGCAUAUGACUGGGAAAAGGCACUUGAAAAAUCUGGAACUGUCCAUGGCUGCUGAUAAACCUAAACCAUUGAUGGAGUCAAAGUCAUGUCCCGCUAGUCAACAAGAACCAAAGGCGUCGGACCAAGUCAACGAGCCACCAUUACAUCCACCAGAUGAAGAGCUCUUUGAAUUAGAAGAACAGCAUCCACCACAAGAGAAUGCCGAGUCUCAAGAAAACCAGGAUGAUAUCGAUUCAGCUAUAGUUAAAAGCCUACAAGAAACUACAAAAGACAUGCCAGAGCUCAAAUUAUAAAUAGUGGGUGGAGAAACCAGAUAUCUUGGACCUCAAUUAUGCUGUACUGAUACAGUGCUUUGGAAGUCUUUGCUGCUUUUUAUAUCACUUGAACAUUUUUUCUGGGCAGGUAAAAGGAUGCUCAAGUUCAUUAAAUUGUUUUUAUAAACUGCACUGUCCUGUACAUGCAUGGGUUCUCUUUAUGUGUGAUAUAUCACCUCAAAAACUGAAUACAGUUGGAGCUUGUUGCACCACUGAAAAUACAAGUAGUAAAACUGCAGUAUUGUGGAUCUGGAAUACCCAUGUGUCAUUUGUCACCAUAGUGGCAUUUGGUCAGUUCAACAUGAGGGAUGUUCACAUUUGGAGAGGCUUUGGUUAUCGCGAAGCAGGAUCCAAGGUGUUAAAUGGGUACCUGGUAGUGGUAGGAUGCGACCAUCAAUGUUGGUCAAAUAAAUUUUGAGCGCUAAGUAACGCCUGGCUGGAAUGCUCCCCAGGGAGUGGAGAUUGUGCACACAGUGAGUGCGGGCAAGUAUUCAAUCCAAUGACCGGGGUAAUAGUAUAUAUGUAAAGCGCUUUAUCGUAGAUGUAUUAAAGGCAGGCUUUACUACUUCAGCUAGAAG